AUACGUUAGGAUAGCUAAGCGCCAUUUCAGCUCAAAAUGGCAGCCCCCACAAACACGAUUUCAGUAUUUGCUCCAAAUGCUAUGAAAAUCGUGAAAAUGAAGUUGAAGAAAGGACAACAAGUUUCAAAGGGAACUAUAGUUUGUCUGUACACUUCAGGCACCAAUGUCACGCAAAAGUUCAAGUCAAACGACUGUGGUAUUGUGGCCGAAAUAUUGACUAAGGAAGGAGAAGAUGUUGAUAAAGGGUGUGUGGUAUUUACAGUGCAGGGAUGUAGCCACCCUACAGUGAUGAAAGACAUGUGUGCAGACUGUGGAGCUGACCUUAGAAUUGAGAAUUCAACAGCAGGAAACAGAAAAGAGGAAGUGAGUGCCUCUGUUGCCAUGGUGCACAGUAUCCCAGAACUGAUUGUUAGUGAAGAGUUGGCAAAAGAAUUAGGCAAGGCAGAUGAGGAGAGAUUGUUGAAGACCAGGAAACUGGUGUUGUUGGUAGACCUCGACCAAACACUUAUACAUACCACAAACGACAACAUUCCUCCAAAUCUAAAGGAUGUACAUCAUUACCAGCUGUGGCACGGAAACCAGCUGCUGUGGUAUCAUACAAGACUUCGCCCACAUACCGAGACAUUUCUCAAGAAUAUUUCACAACUGUAUGAGCUUCACAUUUGCACGUUUGGUUCACGAAUAUAUGCACACACAAUAGCCAAGAUCCUCGACCCAGAAGGAAAAUAUUUCUCUCACAGAAUUUUGUCAAGAGAUGAAUGUUUUAAUGCUCAGGCCAAGACCGCUAAUCUAAAGGCAUUAUUUCCAUGUGGCGAUGCUAUGGUUUGUAUCAUUGAUGACAGAGAGGAUGUCUGGCAUUUCUCACCAAAUCUUGUACAUGUUAAACCAUACAGACUUUUCCAAGGUACAGCAGAUAUCAAUGCUCCUCCAGGGCUUACAAAAACUGAACAUGAUAGCGAGACUUUAGUUCACAGAGUCAGAAAAGUAUCACAGUCUAGUACAGGAAGUAAUGACGAAAAAACAGCACAAUCUAAUACAGGAAGUUCUGAUGAAAAACCAGAAGUAGCACAGUCAAAUACAGGAAGUAAUGACGAAAAAGCAGCACAGUCUAAUACAGGAAAUAAUGAUGAAAAACUAGAAGUCGCAAAGUCAAGUACAAGAAGUAAUAACGAAAAAGCAGCACAAUCUAAUACAGGAAGUAAUGAUGAAAAACCAGAAGUCGCACAGUCAAGUACAGGAAGUAAUGACGAAAAAGCAGCACAAUCUAAUACAGGAAGUAAUGAUGAAAAACCAGAAGUAGCACAGUCAAGUACAGGAAGUAAUGACGAAAAAGCAGCACAAUCUAAUACAGGAAGUAAUGAUGAAAAACCAGAAGUCGCACAGUCAAGUACAGGAAGUAAUGACAAAAAAGCAGCACAGUCUAAUACAGGAAGUAAUGAUGAAAAACCAGAAGUAGCACAGUCAUGUACAGAAAAUAUUGAUGAAAAACCAGAAGGAACACAUUCUAGUACAGGAAGUAAAAUUGAAAAAUUGGAAGAAGGUCCUAAGAGUGAGGCAGACCAGCAGACUUCAAGUGAAACUGAAAAAUCUGAAACAGCAGAGAAUGGUAAGGAUGAAAAAAGUGAUAUGGGUAAGAAUGAGAUGGAAACAGAUGAUUUGAGUAACCAGAAAGUGGAAAAGGAUAAAGAGACUGAAGAUGCUAGAAGUAAAGAGGAAAUAGAACAUGGAAAUGAGACAGGCGUGGAAGAACUUAAAUCUAGUGAAGGGGAAAAUAGUAUUAAUAAAAUAGUUGAUAAAAAUGAGGAAGAAAAUAAAAUUGAAACUUCUGUAAUGAAAAGUGAAUCAGAUGUAGAAGCUGAAAAAUGUUCAAGGAAUGAUGAGAGUAAAACAGAUGGUGAUGGGAACAAAGAAGCAGACAAAAUGGAAAUUGGAAGUAAAGAUGAGGAAGUAGAGAUGAUAGAAUGGGAUGAUGAUGAUGAUUACUUAUUUUAUUUGGAGGAAAUUUUAAAAAUUGUACAUUCUGCUUUCUAUAACUUUUAUGAUCAAAUAAAAGGUAAAGGAUCUGAAGAAAAGAAAGGACAAGAAAAAGCAGAAAAGCCAAGUUUAAAGAAUCUCAUUCCAUAUAUCAAGAAAAAAGCUCUCAAAGGUUGCAAUAUUUUGUUCAGUGGAGUAAUACCUACAAAUAUGGCUGCUGAAAAGAGCAGAGCUUACAUUGUAGCAAAAGCCUUGGGUGCAAAUGUCCAUACAGAGUUCAAGACGAAAUACAAUGAAAAGGAUCCCAAAGAGUAUACAACCCACCUUGUGGCAUCAAGACCAGGGACUAGCAAAGUGCGAACUGCAGUGAAAUAUAAACAUGUAAAAAAAGUGAACCCAGACUGGCUGUGGUCUUGCUCAGAACGCUGGGAGAGGGUAGAGGAGAGUUUGUUCCCAAUACCUCCAGCCUCUGAUUCGGAUGACCAAGGAAGAGACAGUCCAGAUAUUUCUAAACUUCAGAAAAAUACGAAAAGAAAGAGGCCAGAGGAAACUGGUAAAGAAACUAAUGAAUCUGACUCCAAACGAAUAAGGAAAGUGAAUUCAUCAAAUGAGCUUGACAAUGGGAGUGGUGACACUAAAACAACUGAGGACAAUAGUGCUGAAAAAGACAAAGAGAAACAAAAUGGCUCAGGUGAGAAACCGAAAAAGCGUAAUUUUUCAAUGUCAUAUAAUCCAAUGUUAGCAUUCUCAGAUGAUGAUCUCGCAUAUAUGGACAAGGAAGUUGAAGACGAGAUGGACGACGAAGAUGAAAGUUCUGAAGAUGAAGAAGUGAGAGAUACUCGGAUUAGAAAACAAGUUUUAAAGCAUGUAGGUAAUCCAGAUGACUCAAGUAGUAGUGAAGAUAGUUUGUGUGGCAAUACACCAAGAGGUUGGGGUCUUAAAAAGAAAAUGUCCCCAAAAUCUUCGUCUGAAGAUGAAUUGAAGGGAUCAAGUUCACCUGUUCAUGAACUUGGACCAGAGUAUGAAAGCGAGACUGACCAAGAUAAAUUUGAAAAAAUUAUGGAUGCAUUUGGACCUGAAACUGAAAAUUCGGAUGAUGAAUAUGCAGAGUCGAUUGGUUCCGUUGAUGAAGAAAUAGCAGAGGCUGUGAUGAAAGAAUUUCUGUCAAGAAUUUCUGUCAUGAGGGAAAAGUAUAUGGAAAGGUGUAAUAUCUGGCUGGACCAAUGUUGGCAUAUAAGAUAUGCGGUAAAAAUACAAUUGUGGAAUUAGUGUUGGAGAUCAUUUUCGGAGAUACGAUCUAUCAGAAGAAAAUCUUGAUAGAAGUAGCUUAAUUUUUUAAAACAAGUGCAUAGCAAGCUGUCAGAGAAGUUUUGUAGUAACUGUGAGAUCUUUUUUAGCUCGACUUCUCGGCGUCGCCGUUGGUUAAAGUUUUUGAUAAAGUCAAAUAUCUCUGUUACUAUCAAAACUAUUGACUUGAAACUUAAAUUAAUUAUUAGCUAUCAAAGUCUGCACCAGGAGAAACAAUCCCCAUAACUCUGGUUUGAAUUUUGACAGAGUUAUGCCCCUUUUUAACUUAGAAUUUUUUGGUUAAAGUUUUUGAUAAAGUAAAAAUAUAUAUCUGAUUGAGUUAAGCCCCUUUUACUGACAAAGCUCUAAUUCAGAGUCAAGCACUGAGAAAAGUCGAGCGUGCUGUCUUACGGACAGCUUUUGUUAUUAAGGGGAUUUCGUGGUUGUAUGAAUCCAGAAAUUAAAUCCCAACAUACAAGCGAAAUUCUCAUUCUUUUGUCUUAAAAACAUGUAAAUGGAAAUCUGCGAAUUCAUAUCCCAACGAAGUGGCAGUUUUGGGAAACAUCACGAAAUUUUAUACCCACAAAAUUAAAUGAUUUCACAGCGUACACAUCCGUAAUUUACUGCAUUCCUGAAAUUAAAGUAAGAAACAAAAAAAUAACAGUGUUUGUAUGUGUAGGAUGCCUUUGGGUAAGUGUCUAGUUCGUCAAUUUCAGGCUAUUUCUGUUUUCUCAAAAUUAAGCUGUACUGGUCAGGAACUGGACAAAAUUCUAUGGUUUUCUUUCAUCAUUUUUUCGUACCUGAAACUUUCACUACAUAAUCCCCAGCUUUAACUGCAUCUAAAACAUAACCAGCUCCAAGUAGUGAUGUACAAUUACAAGGGCCUCACUCAAUCAUAGGAUAAGGUCAUAAGAGCCAUAACAUGGUAAAUUGUUUCUGAUCAAAACUUGACAACAAUUUGACCCAGAACCUUCAAACUUUAUAGGGUGAAAGAUGACCUGUAUAAUUUUUGGGGUCCAAAGGUCAAGGUCACAGGGGCCAGAACACACAAGACCGUUUCUGAUCAAUAACUUGAGAACCACUUGACCCAGAAUGUUGAAACUGCAUAGGAUGAUUGGACAUACAGAGUAGAUGACCUCUAUUGAUUUUAGGGUCACUCGAUCAAAGGUCAAGAUCACAGGGGCCAGAACACGGAAAACUGUUUUCAAUUUAUAACUUGAGAACCACUUGACCCAGAACAUUGAAACUUCAUUGGACGAUUUGACAUGCUGAGAUGAUCCCUAUUGCAUUUCAGUCACUAAGCCAACCAUCAGUGUCUCUUUGAUUUUCACUUCUGUCCCUGAUUGACUUCUGUCUAUUACUACUAUGCUUUAGGGGAGACAUGUCCUUUUCUGUAAAAGCAUCCUCUAGUUUGGAAUUGAAAACAUAAAACGUUUGGCAUCUUUUAACGUAAAUUUGCUGCAAAAACAGUAGAAGCCAACUCAAAUUUUGUCUUACAGGAAUAGACGAUACUUCAGAUAAAUAUUGAAUAGUCUAAAACCCUGCAUUUUAUGUAAUUAUUACAGUGAAGUUUAUAAUAACCAAUGUAAUCAACACAGAUGGAGUUCACGUCUUUCUUCACUACCCUGUUAUUCAAGUUGCUCACUAUUUGUAUAAUUCAUACAUCUAAACCUUCAGAUUGAGGUUUUACAAGUACUGGCUGAGAACCAGUAUCCAAACAGGACCAGUUUCUGGACAAGGAGGUAAUGCUUUAAAAGAGUACACCAAUUGCCUUAAUUAAUGACGAUCUCUCACCUGUUUACAGAACAGCAAUCGGUCUCAUUUAGGAAUAGAAUUAGUAUUUUCCGUCUUCCAUAUACUGUGAAAUAAUAAAUAUUCGUGGGGACUAAUGUUAGAUGGUUGCACCAAUUCAUCAAAUUUAAUCUCAAAGAACAAGUAUAAUUCCAAUUUAUUUUGCAUACUGAGGAUUACUGUAAAAGCACAUAUUACCGCUGGGUCAAAAUUUCACGAAUUUGAAAUUUUGAGUAUGUUCGCGAGAUUUAAUAUUUGUGAAGUUGUGAAAAUGGUAUCCUACUUGAAUUUGAAUAAUACUAAUGGUGAUUAUUUACAUGAGGAAUAAUUUCGCGAUAUGUAGUGCCUUGCGAAUAUAGCGAAAUUUUAACCCUUGCGAAAAUUUCUGCUUUUACAGUAAUUUCGACCAGAACCACAAAAAUUAAACAAUGUCACAGUAAGACAAAAGGUCUUUCGCGCAGUGUUUGUGAGACUAGUGUAUGUAUGACUAAACAACUUGUAGCUUGAUUUUCAAGGUGUAAAUUUUGUUAUUGUUAAAACAGUUCAUUAGUUUACUUUUCAUAGGUGUCUUACAUAUUUGUUGGUUUUGUUUCAGUAUUUUAUAAAAUGAAAACAAAAAUCAUUUUUAUUUACUCAAAAAGGUAUUAUGAUUACAUCUUAAUUGUUAUUGUUUUAUAAAGCCAUACUCUUGCUGCCACAUAAGUGCUAUUAUCUUGUUCUUUGGAAUUCGAUCACGUUAUGCGUGUACUUUUGAUAUAUAUAUGUGAAAUUUAAAGAAGAAUUUGACAUUAUGUUACAUUUAUAUAUGAAGAAUUCCUUUCAGAAGUUUGAUUGAUUUCUGCUUAGUUACAAAAUAAAAUGAUAAA